GGCACAUACGUGAAUACACAAAGUAAUCAUGAAGUUGAUCAUUCUGUUGACUCUGGUGUUUGCUUCGGCUGAUGCAUACCCCAAGUUCUACCGUGACAUCGACGGAUUUAUCGUUGGUGGUCAGGAAGCUAACAUUGAGGAUUUCCCGUAUAUGCUGUCUUUGAGGGCCUACUCUCAACACAUCUGUGGUGCUUCUGUAAUAGCUGAUCGUUGGGCUUUGACUGCUGCCCACUGUGUCCAAUACGCCUCCUCGGAUGAGAUUAGCUUUCUUGGUGGUACUGCCUACCUCUAUGAUGGAGGUGACACCUUCCAAGCCGACGAAAUUUACAUCCACCCAGAGUAUUAUAUCCCGAGCGACUACAACAAUGAUGUUGCUGUUGUACAUGUGACUAGUUCUUUUAUCGUAAACGGCAUUCAAGCAGUCGCUCUGGCUGUAAGCGGUGGUGACAUGGAUAACGGUGAUCGUGCCCUUAUCAAAGGGUGGGGCGCCACCUCGUAUCAGGGACCUUCGACUACUGAACUCAGGUGGGCUGAAGUUAAUGUGAUCUCCCGUGAAAUUUGUGACUUUGCAUACGGCUCCAUCACAGACAGCAUGUUAUGCGCCGCUUAUCCAGGACGCGAUGCAUGUCAAGGUGAUUCUGGUGGUCCAUUGACUACCAUGGAUCAUGUCCAACAUGGCAUUGUCUCCUUUGGUUACGGGUGUGCUGACUCCCUCUUCCCCGGCGUGUACGCUCGUGUUGGAGCUCCUAUUAUUCGCGACUGGAUCAAUAAUGUUACCGGCGUCUAAAUGAUCACAUUUGACCACCAAAACGUGUCUAAGCCACUAAUUUUGUCAAUGUCCUUUCUAAUUGCGAUGUUAAAUAAAUUUGCAAUUGAAACAA